ACUAAACCACCUCCAAAUCUGACAGAAACGUGGCGGUGAGAUUGUUUCGUGGCGAUUUUUUCUAUGAAACUUGUAUUUUUGGGUUAAUGAGAUAGCUAGGUCUUAUUUAAUUCGUCAGUGAACAAGAACAUGAUCAAGAAAAUUGUGAUUUUACUACUUGCUACUUUAGCAUACUGUGCUGAAGAAAAGCAAGAAGAGAACCUGGGGGCCAGGCUACUAGUGUCUAAACAAAUUCUUAAUAGAUACUUGGUUGAAACGAAAGAUAUUGAGGUGAAAUACUCCAUUCACAAUAUCGGGAAGGCACCAGCUGUAAAUGUUCAAUUAGUUGAUAAUGGAUUCAAUACUGAAGCUUUCGAGAUUGUUGGUGGACAUUUAAAUACCAGGUUUCAGAGGAUACCCCCAGAAUCUAACUUUACUCAUGUAGUUGUUGUUCGUCCAAAAAGAUAUGGUUACUUUAAUUUUACUAGUGCUGAAGUUACUUACAGAUCAUCUGAUGAUAUUAACGCCAAGGUCCAAGUUUCUUACAGUAGUGAACCAGGAGAGGGCGGAAUAGUAGCAUUCCGUGAUUAUGACAAGAAAUUCUCUGCUCACUAUUGGGACUGGCUUGCAUUUGCACUCAUGACAUCACCAUCAUUAGUGAUUCCUCUUGCUUUAUGGUUUAACAGUAAAAAUACAUAUGAAAAACUAAAUAAACCUACGAAGAAACACUGAAAUUAGUUUAUAAUAUUUAUUUAAUUCUGUUUGAGUGGAUAUGUGUGAAGUAAUAUAAAGAGUUGUCAUAGAAAUCUAAAUAGUAUAUUACUGUUUUUUAAUAUGACAAUUUAGAGAGACUAUGUUCAUCAUUAAGAUUAUUUUGUUAAUAAAGACAAUUUCUUUAAUA